GGUCUUCGGGCCGCGGGGAGGGCAGAGCAACGCCCGUGGGACGGAGCACGCGCCGCUCGCGCCCAGCUCCCCCCUGGCCGGCCACGCGACGGUUAAGGCGGGGGCGAUCCCCGUCUCUCUCUGUGUCCCUCUCCCCCUCCAAGCUAAGUUCAGCGUGGUGGGACCCGGCAAGGUUCUCCGUGCCACCGUGGGGCAGGACUUCGUGCUGCCAUGUCAACUGUCCCCCCCUGCGAACGCUCAGAGCUUCGAGAUCAGGUGGAUGCGGCACCAGCUCUCUGAAAUGGUGCACCACUACCGAAACGGAGAGAACCGGAAUGAGGACCAGAUGGUGGAAUACUCUGGGAGGACGUGGCUGGUCAGAGAUGAUCUCUCCACCGGAGUUCUGGACUUGCAUAUCAUCGCGUUGAGACCCUCCGAUGACGGACAGUACGUCUGCACCGUGACCAACGGCUCCACCUACGGAGAAGCUACGAUGGACCUGGAGGUGUCAG